GCCAUGAGAAGGCUUGGAGACAGAGGCCGAGGCCUUCGUGGUGGUAUGGCCUUACUGGUUGGCGACUGCCUGGGCUUCUUGGCUUGGUUCUUGCUGCUUCAGACACGAGUGGAGGAGGCCAGAAUGGUUACAGGGACGCUGUCUCUUCCUCUCCCCUUGGAAGAUGGUCUCGAUGACCCGGGUGCAAGCCCAUUAGAGAAGUCAAGCACAGAAUUGCCUGAGACCUCUCAGGUCCCCCACCCUGUGGGGAGCGCGAUGUCCCUUGAUUUGGUGACAUUUACUCCGGGUCACUCUUUUUCAGCCACGACUCUGCCACAGGGACGGUUUCCAACAUGGAUUCCAACCACUUUAGGUUGUGGUCACAGAAUUGCAAGGAUAGUUGCUGGUCAGCCUGCAGCGCAGAGGAGGUGGCCCUGGCAGGUGAGCCUGAAGGUCAGAGGACAGCACGUGUGCGGGGGCUCCCUCAUCAGCAAAUGGUGGGUGAUGACCGCAGCCCACUGUGUAUUUGGCCAUCUGGAUUACGUAGUGGCGAUGGGAGAGGUGGACCAGUGGUCCAACCAGGCAGUCAACAUUCCGGUCCAAGACAUCAUUGUUCAUCAAGAUUUCUCUGUUAUGGGACCAAUUGCGCAUGACAUUGCUCUUGCUCUGCUGGCCUUCCCUGUGAAUUACAGCGCCACCAUCCAGCCUGUGUGCCUCCCUAGAAGGACUUUCUUGGUGCAAGCUGGGACCCAGUGCUGGGUGACCGGAUGGGGCAGAAUGGCUGAAGGAGGUGAAUCAUCGAGACUUCUUCGGGAAGUUCAGCUAAGCAUUAUUCGUCAUGAGAAAUGUAAUCAGAUUCUCAAGGACAAGACAGGAAGUAUAUUUACCUUGACCCAGGAAGGGGUGGUCUGUGGCUACAGUCAGAAAGGAGGAGACACCUGCCAGGGAGAUUCCGGGGGGCCGUUGGUCUGUGAAUUUGAUAAGACAUGGGUGCAGGUGGGGAUCGUGAGCUGGGGCAUUGGCUGUGGUCGAAAAGGAUAUCCUGGGAUUUAUACAGAAGUGAGUUACUACAGAAACUGGAUCGUUAAAGAACUGAGCCGAGCUCCGGAUUUUAACUCAUCGGGCUGCCUCACGUUAUGCAUAUGUCUGGUGCUUCACCUGAGGGUCCUGGUGACCCUGUGAUCCCCACAGCCCCCUGUCCUCUUGUUUCUGAGCCUCCACUAGGCUUCUCCUCUAGCCUUCCUUCCCUGUCAAUGCUCUCUCUUCAAAUUCUACUCGGAAUCCAUUGCCUCAGUGGAGCAUGACAAGGAGUUGGGAACUUGCAAAAUGUCCUGACCUGGUGCUUUGGUCAUCUGCCUCAGUGACCACUGUACGAGGGCUGUGCCUUGCUUGGAGCGAAGGAGAGAGAACCAUUUCCAGAUAGAGGACUCUCUGACCUGCCAGGUGGAAGAAGGUGACUCAUGGAGGCCUUGGAGAACAUCUGGAGAGGAGAGACAUCGUCGGUGUUGAGUAACCACUAGAUCUAACUGCUUCCCUAGCUCUUACCCGAGACUCUGCCCUACCUGAGUUCUAUGAUCACUCACAAAGAGACGGGAGGCCCAGCACAUUUUCUGCAGAGCUGUGAGUCUGGGACUUUUACAUCUGGCUCAGUUGUGGUUGACAGCAUGUUUCCUGCACCCCAGUGGGAAUUCAUCUGUGAGUACAAAACUUUUGCUACCCUUGAUUCCUGGGAGCAGUCCUGUCUGGUGCCCUCUUCCUUGGGACCCUACAGUCACCUCCAGGGCCACCCUAGGUUGUGUUGAUGCAGUUUUGGAGAGGAUAGAUUUUUAGACAUGAACUGAGUAAACAUAUCUCAUAUGUCCUGAAGUUUUGUCUCUCUGGACUGUUUGACUGCUUAUAGCAUACUCUAAAGAGACAUGGGCCCCCAUUU